GCAGUGCGCUCUGCUGUUCAUAAGAAUAACUUGGACAGGCGAGGCGAAAUUUAUCAAAUUCUGCAGGUAUUAUCACAAGUCAAAGAAAGCAUGCCGGAUUUAACGACUCAAAGUGUGAAAGAUUUGGAGCAACGGUUACUGAUUCUAAGGAAAGAAGAAGCAGAUAUAGAGGCAGAAAUCCAUCGGAGGAAACUUCUCAAUCUGGACCCGGACAAUGCCGGAGUUCUGAGUAAUCUUGAGAUCACACGGUACUCACGUCAGUUGUUGCUGCCCGAAUGGGGUGUCCAAGGGCAAUUGGCCUUGAAAAGAGGGCGUGUCCUCCUCGUGGGGGGAGGAGGAUUGGGCUGUCCAUCCGCCUUGUUCCUGGGGGGAUGUGGUGUGGGCACGUUGGGCGUGGUGGACUUUGACGAGGUGGAUGUGUCCAAUCUUCAUCGACAAGUCUUGCAUUCGGAGAAGAAAUUGGGAUGGAGUAAGGUGGAAUCCAUUAAGACAGCUCUCCGAGAAUUGAAUUCCUUGGUUCAUGUGGAAACCUAUCCCAUUGCUCUUGGUAGUCAUAAUGCUCUGGAUAUCAUAUCCAAGUACGAUGUGGUCCUGGAUUGCUCGGAUAACGUGGCCACGCGAUACCUACUCAAUGACGCAUGUGUCUUGACGAAUAAACCGUUGGUUUCCGGCAGUGCCUUGAGAUUCGAGGGUCAACUGACUGUCUACAAUUAUAACCAAGGCCCGACGUAUCGCUGCUUAUUCCCUGAACCACCUCCCCCCGAAACUGUCACCAACUGUUCUGAUGGAGGCGUUUUGGGCGUGAUUCCCGGGGUAAUUGGCACCCUUCAAGCAUUAGAGGCCAUGAAAAUUUUAGCUGGGUUUGGAACACCUUUGAGUGGAAAAAUGUUGCUCUUCGACGGUUUUAGCGGCGCAUUUAGGACAGUCAAACUUCGCCCAAGGCAAGAAAAAUCCGCCCAAAUUGUGAAACUAAUUGAUUACGAACAGUUUUGCGGGGCUUUGGCCACGGACAAGGAAAAGCCUUUGGCGGUCUUGCCAGAUAGCGAACGGAUCAACGUUGAUCAAUUGCAAGAAUUCUUGAAAUCUUCAGCCCGGGGUUUUACUUUGUUGGAUGUUCGAUCUGAACCUGAAAUGGACAUUUGCCACUUAGUGGGGUCCGUGAAUGUACCAAUUGGUAAGAUCGACAAGGAGGUAAAUGUCCACAAAAUUCAAAGCGACCUCAAAGAAAAGGGAGCGAACAAACUCAUCGUGUUGUGCCGCCGCGGGAACGAUUCGCAAAAAGCUGUGUUGGCACUGAAGAAAACCCUUAAGAAUGUUCAGAUACAAGAUGUGAAAGGUGGAUUGCAUGCUUGGACCCGAAAUAUCGAUCCGAAUUUCCCAAUCUACUAAAAGAUCAAUAAAUACUGUCCGCUCAGCUCUGUCUGUGAU